AUGUCUACUCGCACCCAAAGGGUGAACCCAGACAUUAGCGUGGACAGUCAAGUUCAGAACGUAACAGUGAAAUGCAACUUGGAAUCCGUGAUGAGCUUCACCGAUGGCUUCAAUCCGUCCGACCUGGCGAGGCCGGCGAUCAUGAGCACGGACCGUGCGCAGGCGCCACUAAGCUACAGGGAACUUCGUGGUUUCUUGCAGACGGCUUCGCUUUUUCCCAUCUGUGGUGUUGGCACCGAAGAUGUCGUGGCUCUGCUGUUAAGCAAUGGGCCGACAUUGGCCGUGGCCCUGCUUCUGGUCAUGAGCAACUGUGUCGCAGCGCCACUUGAACCCACCUUGUCCGAGGAGGAAUUGUUGGAUGCGUUUCAGCAGUUGCGCAUCAAGCAUGCCGUGAAGCUCCGUCAGCAAAAGGUGCCCUCUGUGAGCAUCAUCAAGGCGGCGCAAGUCGCGGGUGUGAGCUUGCAUGAGAUCGCCCCCCUCGCUGACAAGGCUGGGAUAUUUGUCUGCCCGGUCAGCCCAGGUGACACUGGGGAGCGCGAUUUUGCAGCUCCAGCUCUGGGCAGGAGCCUUGGUUGGUGCGGCUCCCGCCCUAGCACGGAUCCUGUGCUGGCUCUUCGGACAUCAGGAACCACAUCCAAACCGAAGGUGGUUCCCUUGAGUUUGCAGGGUCUUCACGCAGGCGCUGUCAGCAUUGGCCAGACUCUCGGGCUUGCAGAGACAGACGUGUGCUUGAACGUUUUGCCAUUUACGCAUAUCGCUGGCAUUUCCUGCAGCUUGCUCUCCACCCUCUUCAUGGGAGGGUCUGUGGUCUGUGCCCCCUCCUUCAACGUCGAGCUCUUCGUGCACUGGCUCGGCGAGCUCGAGCCGACUUGGUACUUCGGCGUGCCCACGAUCCACAAGGCUCUGCUGCUGCACUGCGGUGCCACCGCACCUCGACACAGCCUCCGCCUGAUCCGCAACGCCGGUGCCAGCCUGCCCCACGCGGACGCGCAGAAGCUCAGGGUGCUCUUCGGCUGCUCCGUGAUCCCCUCCUACGGCAUGACGGAGUGCGCGCCGAUCGCCCAGUGCCGGGAAGGCUACGCCCUGGACGCGCCGGGCACGGUGGGCAGCCCCGCCGCGGUGUCUGUCUGCAUUGCGGAUGAGGGCGGCCGUGUCCUUCCAUAUGGAGAGGAUGGCGAGAUCUGCAUCAGGGGGCGCGUGGUGACAGCGGGUUACCUCAACAACGACGAGGCCAACUCGGCCUGCUUCUUCGGUGAGGCAGACACCGAGGGGUUCCGGUGGUUCAGGACGGGCGACGUGGGCCAUCUAGACACAACUGGUUUCCUCUACGUCACUGGCCGAAGCAAGGAGCUCAUCAAGCGCGGUGGCGAGCAGGUUAGCCCAUACGAGGUGGAGGAUUUAUUGGCUAAGCAUCACGCAGUGGAUUUGGCAAUUGUUUUUGGCGUGCCCAAUGAUUUCUGGGGCGAGGAGGUGGCUGCAUGCGUCGUCGCUGCCAGUGUCCGUACUGGCGCAGGCACUCCCCUUCUGGCAGCCGCGGUCGCUUCGCAAGCAGUGAUGGGCGCUGCCCGAAGAGAAGAAGGAUUAGUCGGGCAGCCAGUGCAGGUUGACAGCAUUUCACCUGCUGAUCUCGUGCAGUUUCUUGUGGGGCAAGGCCUAUCUCCUAGCAAGCUGCCGCGGCAGUUUGUGAUCGUCCCUAACGUUGACAGUAUCCCGAAGACAACGACGGGCAAGUACCUACGGUCCAGCCUGGCAAAACAUUUCAACCUCGUUGCUGUGGACAACGAGGCUGCUAUCGGCCUGCAGAACAACCAGAGCAGCAUCAGUGAACCCUUCGGCGAAGGAGUGCGUAACAAAGUUAUCCGACCAGAUAAGUCGGUCCUGGGAUUGCGUUUCGUCAUUGCACUCUGGGUCGUAUUCAUGCACUUUGGGGCCAACUUUCCAGCAGUCAUACGUGGCUUUCGCGCUUCCUCGCUGAGCAUGGAGAUGUUCUUCGUCAUCGCUGGCUUCCAGUUGUCUGCUACCGUGACGCGGCCUAUCACAGACUGGUGCGAGUUCUACAAGAACCGGAUCGUUGCCGUCUAUCCCCUCUAUCUAUUAUCUAUCCUGUUUGGAUUGCCAGGGCUUUUAUUCUCAUUAGCGGAUACUGGCCGCUGGGCUCCGCUGCGUGCGUGCAGAUCAUCCUGGCUGCAGUGUUCGGCCAGAUCGCGUGGCCAUGGGGCGGGUCAGGGACGCACUACGAGUACCUCUGGUUCGUCAGCGCGUACCUGUUCUGCAUCUUGCUGUUCCCCUUCUUCCACCAGAUCCUGCACAGCCACGCUUGUUUCAGGUGUUGCUGUGCGGGGAGGGAGCCCACGGACGUCUGCUGCGCCGAGCCGUGCACGCGGUACUGCUGCUGGCCGGCCUGCGGCGGCGGGGGGCUCUUCCUGGUCCUCAACGCCGCCGUGGUCGGGGGCCUCCUCGCGCGGGGCUGGGGCCUCCGUGCCAACUUCUUCCCCCCGACGUGGGCCGGGGUCUUCUUCCAGGGCUGCGUCCUGUGGCAGCUCUUCGAGAGGAACGGGCAGCACCCGCGAGGCAGGUCUACGCACUGGGGGAAGGUCGUCGACGGCCUCGCUCUGCUCGCGGUCGCCGUUUUUUGGAUCGGGGUCCCGCUCGGCACUGUCAUCAUGGGCAAGCAGCAGGACCGCAUCAUGGUGGAUCCGGCGGACCUUCCAGUGGCAGUGCUCAUCACCUUCUUUGCAACAAGGUUCUACCACUUGUUGCUGCCGGCCGUCUUGCUCUGGGUUUACGCGCUCGCGACAGGCCAGGGUUUUCUUGCGCGCUGCUUGA